AUGGCUUCUUCUAGUCCUGCCGCCUUAUCCCUUGGGCCGCUGAGGGACGAACUUAGACUCAGGCUGUCGAGCUCAGCUUCGAUCACAGCUUCGACUGAUGUAGACGAGAGGCUAUAUAAUACGCGGUGGAGUGAGUACAACGCUCCCACGCCCGGGGUGGUUGUCACCCCGGACACUGAGGAGGAUGUGGCCAUCACCGUUCAAUAUUGUAUGUCCCAUGGAAUCCCUUUCCUAGCCCAGGCUGGAGGACACGGAUGGUCGAGCACUUUUGACCUGCACCGCAAUGGGGUCGUCAUCAACCUCAGACGGCUGAACGCUGUCACCUUCAACGGCGACGGCACAGAGGCCACCAUUGGCGGCGGUGCCGUCAUCUCUGAUGUGAUGGAGGCCGCCUCGCAGAAGGGUUCUCUCGUGCUCACAGGCAACUGCAACAGUGUCGGCGCCCUGGGUGCUGUCCUGGGUGGCGGAUAUGGCUACCUGACGGGCCUUCAGGGAGUCGGCGUGGACAAUAUCGUAUCCCUCACGGCCGUCUCUGGCAAAGGCACCCUGAAGACUGUCACUGCCGAGAGCGACCCUGAUCUCUUCUGGGCUCUGCGUGGCGCAGCCCCCAAUUUUGGUAUCGUCACUUCGGCGGUGAUGAAGGCGUACCCAGUAGCGGCCUCUGGCCAGUAUGCCUGGCUGGGCUCCCUUGUCUAUGCAGCAGACAAGGUCGAGGCGGUCGUCAGGGCAGUUAGCACGCUCCCCUUGACGCCGAGGAUGAAUGUCUUCUUCUACUUCUUGACCUCUGGCGCCCCGGACUACACGCCAAUGGUGGCUGCCACCCCUUGGUACUACGGCACCGAAGCUGAAGGACGGGCUGCCUUUGCCUCUCUCAUCGACAUCGGCCCUCUAGCUGACACAACGAAGGUGAUGCACUACCCUCGGUGGAACGACGGCGCUGAGCCUUUCUGUACCAACGGAGGCUACAAGCCGUCAUACGGCGUCGGACUCUCUACGAUUGUGCCCGAAACGUGGAUGAAGGUCUGGGACGAGUAUGUUUCUUGGGUCUCCAUGAGUGGCACUGGAAGCAGUAUUGUACUGCUGGAGGCAUACUGUCUCGACAAGGCUCGGUCUCUCCCCAGCGAUUCCUCUGCGUUUCCAUGGCGAAACGAGAUCUGCGUCAAUGCCAUUGUGAUUCCUUGGUACUCCGACAAGGCCUUAGAGGCGGAUGCCUUGUCGCUAGGCCAACGUCUCCGUCGUCUCCUGCAGUCCACCGAUGGACUUGGAUCUCGAGCUACAUAUAUAAACUUUGCUCAUGGUGAUGAGGACCCUGCAGAGGUAUAUGGCCCGCAUCUUCCGCGUCUACGAGAGAUCAAGGCCAGAGAAGAUCCGGACAACUAUUUCUGCCACUGGUUUGGCAUUAGCCGGGUAGAUUCUUAA